AUGUCUACCUGCGCCGCGCCCGCGCUCCCGGCCUUCCUGGAAGCAGCCGUGCGCCAAGCCGCCCGCGUCCCCGUCUGGACGGCCUUCUACGUCCUCCUGUCCGACCUGACCACGUACACAACACUCUUCGCGGCCGUCGGCACUGCCGCCUACGCGGCCUACCGCGCCAACGCCCCGCUCUUCAAGUCGCGAGACGCCUCGCUCCACAGGGAACAGGCGUCCCUCUCCGAACAGCUGGUCGACGAGAACUCGCGCGUCCUUGGCGCUUCCAUGGCCCUCGCGCUGCCCGUCAUCGCCACAUGCUCCAUCGUCUUCCUCUUCUUCUUCCUCAACUCCAUCGGCGCCAUUCUCACCGCGCUCUCCUGCAUCUCUGGCUUCUUCUCCGUCGCCUUCACCAUGUGGCCGCUGGGUGAGUCGCUCGCGCGCCGCCUGCGCGCCCUGGGCUUCGUGCCUGGCACGGAGGGCACCGUCGAGAUGCUCACGGUCACCCCCAUCGCCACCUUCGUCAUCGGGCUCUGGCUGCUCACCGGGCACUGGUCGCUCAACAACGCCAUCGGCAUUGCCCUGUGCAUCACUUUUGGCUCGCUGUGUAAAGUCGAGUCGCUCAAAGUCACCUCCACCCUCUUCACGGGCCUCUUCGCCUACGACAUCUUCUUCGUCUUUAUCUCGCACCGCUUCUUCGGCAAGAACGUCAUGGUCGAGGUCGCCACCUCCACCCCGGUCAACCCGGCCUCUGCUGUCGCAGACUUUCUCCACCUGCCCAUCGACCCGGUCAAGAACCUCGCUCUCCCCGCCAAGCUCAUCUUCCCCUCCAGGAAUGGCCAUCACUCCCUCCUCGGCUUGGGCGAUAUCAUCCUGCCCGAAGUCUUCCUCGUCUACUUGCUCGAAGUUGACUUGCGGAAUCGAUCCGUCCCUCUCUACAAGGGCUACUUUGCUCGCGGCUUAGUCGCCUACGCGUUCGGCUUGCUGGCGAGCUUCUUUUUCAGCUUCACGUUCCAAGCCGCCCAACCCGCUCUGCUCUAUAUCGUCCCGGCCCUUAUCUUGCCCACUGCGCUGCUCGCGAGACGCCGCGGUCAGCUCAGGCAGCUUUGGGUCGGCGUUACAAAGAGGGAGGAUGGCGAGUCCGCGGCGGAUUUUUCGAGCAGAUCGAGUGUCGGGUCGGGGGAGUCUGGUGGAAAGGAUGAGGAGAGUGCGUCGCUUUUGGCGUAG